AUGGUGGAGGAAUCUGUUGGUUUGGAUGCGUGGGAAUCCAUUAAGGCAUCUUCUGUUGGAAGAGUCCUAGACGCAGAAGCUUUUGAAAGAUAUCCUUGGGGGCGUGUCGGAUUUUCCAGCCUCGUUAAUUCAGUUAAGCUUGUUUCAUAUGAAGGAAAGAAGAAAUAUACACUUCGUGGAUGUGUUCAUGCUCUUCUCAUCUGGGUGUAUGAAUCAAUACCUGGCAUUGGGCAUGAAUAUGGGAACCAUAUUGAGGGUAACCAAGUUCCUCUUCUCUCUUGGUCUGCAUCCCGUCCCCGUAUACAGUGGGAUUUGUUUUAUAAAAAAGAGAAAAAAGCUCACCAGAAGGUGCGUGUCAGACAUCUCAUUGUUAAGGCAGAAUCGGACAUAUAUCCUCAAUGGGAUGAUGACAAGGUUGAUGAUGAUCUUCAUAACUUGAUUUUAGAGAUUCUACAUGACCAGCUUGAUGAUAAGUACUGGAGCUUGAAGGCAACUAAUGAACCAGUAGCAAUCAAAAAGCAAAGGAAUUUAGUGACUGAAGAAGAUCAUUGCAUGAAGAAAAAAAAUCCAGCAAAGAGGAAAAUCACAGACUGUGGAUCCAGCCUUAACUCAGGUGGAGAUGAUGGAUUCAGGCAUGAUCUAAUGGAAGCAGUGAAGACAUUGACUGCAACGGUUCAAAAUGUGGACACAGUUGUUGCUGAGAAGGUGUUGACUACAUUAGACACAAAGAUUGAAGCAAAAGUAAAUGCAAGAGUUGCUCAAGCCGAGCAGGUACUUGGCUGUCAAAUCUUAGCAUUACAAGAACAAGUUGCUAAAAUUACAGAGCAGAUGCAAGAAACUGCCCCCAAAAAUGAUGGACACAUUGUAAACCAAGAAGAUGAAGUCAACAGCAAUGACCCGUCAUGGAUGGUCCAAGACAAGACACCAUUUGAUGUAGAUGCGGCAGUGCAGUGUGUGGUUAGAAAGAAAGCCAAGAAAUCCGAGGUCAAGCUAACGUCUCCUAUUCUACUUGACACUGUUGGAGGGAAGGUUACUAAAAAAAAUCAAGUAAAAGAACCUGCUGGAGGUUUGAUAAACGUUAAGAAGGAGAAGAAUGCAGUUCCACAGCUUAGAGAUUCUGCUGAAACAUGGUCUGAUUUAGAAGAUAAGCAAAAAUAUGACAUCCUAGGUACCACGUUAGACCAGUUAGCGGCAUCACUUUUAGAAGGACCUUUGCAUAAACGCAAGCCACAACUGACUAAGACUCAAGUGUAUCCAUAUGUUGGUAACUCAACUGUGAAGAGGAUCAUAACAGGCGAUUCUGAGAGUAUAGCCGACUGUGAUCCCUUAACUAAAGUUGAGGAGGCAAAAUUUCAGAAGCUAAUGGAUUAUCUACGAAGUAUUGCUGGUGAUAACGAUGUAGACACUCACUUCUACAUGAAGCUAAUAACGCCAAGAAAACUCUGGAAAACAGAUGAGUGUGGGUGGCUAACAGAUUCUCAUAUGGCAUCUACUUAUCUUCUAGAAGAGUGUCGUCCUUUCACGAAGAUGAUUCCGUUAUUGCUGAAUGAAAUGGUUCCAGAAAGAAAGAAGAGUUCACAACAGUUCAGGAUUUCAAGACAUAAAAGUGUGCCUAAGAAUGAAGCCCCUGGGGAUUGUGGUGUUUACGCUCUGAAGUAUAUAGAGUGUAAGGCAGUUGGCUGUGGUUUUGAAGGACUUUCUGACCAGUGCAUUCCGGCAAUGCGUAUUAAGUUAGCUGCUGAGAUCUAUGAUGAGGUCUCGGGUCUGUAG